AACAGUUUCAAAUUGUGCAUUGUUCCAGCAGCAGUAGCAGCAGCAGCAGCACCAACCAAGCCGUCUAGAAAAAUCGGUGGAAAACACCCCGUUGUGUGUUCUGUGUUUCUUGUUUUGUGUGUUUCGCUCGAAGGAAGCAAUCAAAGCGAUGAAGGUGUUUGUGGUGCUAAGUGUAGUGCUGGCGUGCGCUGCCGCCCGUCCGGAAGCCGGAUUCUCGUCCUACUCGUCGGCCCCGUCGUUCACCUCGGUCGGCGACUUUGGUGGCCCGUACUCAGGUAGCAGCUCAGGCGGAAGCUCCGGCUACAACUACAACCCGGCGCCGCAGAUCGUGCAGAAGCACAUCUACGUGCACGUGCCGCCGCCAGAGAAGGAGGAGGUCCACUAUCCGCGUGUGAGCCCGGUAGCGCCGGCCCAGAAGCACUACAAGAUCAUCUUCAUCAAGGCGCCGUCCCCGCCGGCCCCGAAGGCCCCGAUCAUCCCGGUGCAGCCGCAGAACGAGGAGAAGACGCUGGUCUACGUGCUGCACAAGAAGCCGGAGGAGCCGCAGGACAUCGUCAUCCCGACGCCGCCACCGACCAAGCCCAGCAAGCCGGAGGUGUACUUCAUCAAGUACAAGACCCAGAAGGAGCAGUCGCAGCCCAAGCCCGAAUACGGACCGCCCGGCCAGUCGGGACCGUACUAAAUCCGCUCCACUGCUGUUCUCAUCUUGCACGCUCAUCCAUACAAGACCACGCCACAUCAGCCAGGAAAUCAUGCAUUUUUCAUGCCGUACUCCGAAGAAGGACCAACGAGAUUAGAGACGGGAUCGAGUCGAUCGCUCGAUCGCGAACCGAACGCUACCAUUCCUGCUGUUUCGCAGGUCAGGAACGGAUUAGCGUUCUGGUGCCUGUAUAUAGAUCAUGUAUUGCUUUGUUUUCUUAUUUCGAUACGUAUUGUUUUCCCUUAUUCAUCCUUUCUUUCCAUCUACUAUUCCUUAGCGAAGAGAAGAGGAGAAUUUUAUAUCAAGAGAGAGAGACAUAGAGAGAAAGAUAACAAAAAACGAUAGACGACGAAAGGAUUAGUAAAACGACGGUAGCUAAAAUAGGAAACAGUUGGUACGGUUUCGAGCUGGCAAUUUUGAAAAAAGGAAGAGAGAGAGAGGGAGGGAGAGUAUGAGACAACCAGGACCAGGCAAAGAGAGAUAAAGAGAAAGCCAUAGUCGUUACCAUUUGUUAUUUAUUACUGUAAGGAUAUCGCAUACACACUGAGCGAGCGUUUCUGUUGCCCGUGCUGGCCCUUCCAGGUCGAUCGAGGCUUCGAGGCGCCCCUCAAGUAGAAUAAAAAAAGUAACGGUGACAAAUUUUUUAUUUAAACAAAA